AGCGACAUCGUCGGCCGGCGACUGACCAUGGGUCUAGGACUUAGCGUGUUCAUCCUCGGUUCCGCCCUCUGCGGCCUAGCGCACAGCAUGAACGUGCUCAUCCUCGCCCGUCUGCUGCAAGGCGCAGGAGGGGGCGGGUCAGGCCUCCUAGGCUCCAUCAUCAUCAGCGACGUCGUCCCCCUGCGCUCUCGGGCGCUGCUCAACGGCGUGUCCAGUGUCUGCUGGGCGACUGGCGCGGGCCUGGGAGGGGUGUACGGGGGGUUGGUAGCGGAUGCGCUGGGGUGGAGGUGGGCGUUCUUACUCCAGCUACCGGUGUUGGCGUGUGUGAUGGCGGGCUUGCUCUGGUUGGUGGAGUAUGAGGUCGAGGGGCAGGAGAAGGGCGGGAAAGUGUGGGAUGCUGUUAAGCACCGGCUGGACUGGUGGGGAAGUGGACUGCUCGUCACUAGCAUCGGAGCACUAGUAUUCGCCCUAGCAUUCAAGACGAACGAAUCACUGCCCUGGUCCCACCCACUUGUCUACCUAACGCUCCUCCUCUCCCUCCUCUCUCUCAUCCUCUUCGUCCUCGUCGAAUCCCGCACAUCUGAGCCUGUCCUCUCCCUCCGCCUCCUCCGCUCAGUACACAUCGCCGCCAUCGCAUGGAGCUCCUUUCUCGCGAGUGCGGCUACGAUUGCCCUGGGGCUCUUCUUCCCCAUGCUACUGCAGAUCGUUAGGGGCAACUCGGCGAGCGGGGCUGGGAUGCACUUGAUACCAACGACGAUCAGCGGGGCCUUAGGUGGUGUUUUAUCCGGUUUUUACAUCCGCACAACGGGGAAAUACUACCACCUUAUCGUACUCCUCUGCACGCUCCAAGCGCUUCCCUGCUUCCUCCUCGCACUCGUAGGCCGGCACACGUGGGAACUCCUCACUUGGGUCGUGCUCAUGCCCCAAGGUUUUGGGGGAAGCGGGUACAACGGGUCUACAUUCAUCGCGAUGCUCUCCUCAGUCAGGAGAGCAGACAUCGCACUCGUAACAAGCAUCGCCUUCCUCUUCCGCUCCUGUGGGCAGGUGGUAGGGAUGGCACUCUCGAGCGCGAUACAGCAGAGCGUGCUGGAACGGGAGUUGGAGCAGAGGAUUAGCGGGGUGGACGCUGGUUUUAUCGUCGCCCAAGUGCGACGUAACGCCAGCUCCAUCCUCGACCUGCCAAUGAUGCAACGCGCCUCCUCUCUCUCGAGCUACGCUACAAGCCUGCACGCCGUCUUCCUCGCCAAUGGGCUGUUGGCGCUCAUAGCGACCGGAUUGGUGCUUUUCAUGAAGGAGUUCCCGUUGGCGGAGACGCUGGGCGAGGAGAUGGAGGACUCCAAGUUGGAGGAAGCGUACGAAGGGGAAGAGAUGAGCGCGUUAUAGCCUCAUCGCUCUUUCUGUCGUCCUUUCUCUUUCUUCCCUUCCCGCCUGCCUCCUGGCCAUACAACCUGACCAGACAGUCUAUUCCGGCUCUUCAACGUUUUUAUCUCUAUUUUCUUCGGUUUCGAUUUGGCGAACAGCAAGCAAACAGUGAACAUGGACCAACAAACACAAUGAUCGGGCAGCACAGAGGCUUGCGCAAUAGACACGAGAGCACUGGAGGCUAGGUAGAGGGGAAUUGGAUGUAUGACAGGGGUGUAUAAUAGUCAGGAGAUGAU